CUGCCCGGUGUGCGGCUGCAGCCCGACUCACAACCUCCAACUGACAGCAGCUUUCAGGGAAAAGAUGGCGACCAGAGUCCUUCAAAGAGUGGGCAACGGCCUUAAACAGACGAAAAAUGGGCUCCAGGCGCACGGACAGGUCACGGUUGUCGUCAGGAGCCUCUCAGGUUUCCGUGAAGACAGCUGGUUCAAAUCUCUAUUUGUUAGAAAGGUCGACCCAAGAAAAGAUGCUCACUCUCAUCUGCUCGCUAAGAAAGAAGACAACAAUCUAUACAAAAUACAGUUUCACAAUGUCAAGCCUGAAUGCCUUGAUGCUUACAAUGAACUUUGUGAGGGCGUCUUGCCUUCGAUUCACGCUGACCCUGAAUACCCUUGUGAGCUUGUGGGCACUUGGAACACAUGGUACGGAGAGCAGGAUCAGGCAGUUCACCUGUGGAGAUAUCGGGGAGGAUACCCGGCUCUCACCGAAGUCAUGAACAAACUCAGGCAGAAUAAGGAGUUUAUGGACUACAGGAGAGAGAGGGGGAAGAUGCUGCUGUCUCGUAGGAACCAGUUGCUGCUGGAGUUCAGUUUCUGGAACGAACCUGUCCCUCGUUCAGGACCCAACAUCUACGAGCUCCGAUCAUACCAACUCAGGCCAGGGACGAUGAUCGAGUGGGGAAAUUACUGGGCGCGUGCUAUUGAGAUUCGCCAGCAGAACCAAGAGGCAGUGGGAGGCUUUUUCUCUCAGAUCGGAAGCCUGUACACGGUUCAUCACUUAUGGGCUUACAAAGACCUUCAGUCCAGAGAAGACACCCGAAAUGCAGCCUGGCAGCGUGAUGGCUGGGAUGAAGUUGUUUAUUACACAGUCCCUCUUAUUCAGCACAUGGAAUCCAGAAUAAUGAUUCCCAUGAAGAGUUCGCCCACGAAGUAACCACAGACACCGGGAGAACCUCUCAACAGCCGCUGCACCUAUCACACUGAUCUGUAGAGAGCGUAACCACCCAUCAGAGUGUGCACUGCCAGGGAUGUUGGCAUAACAUCAACACGUUUUAGUUUUUGUUUCCUUUUUUUCGUUUCUUUACUCCCCUUUUCUGUGUGGGCCUAGAAUGACUUAUUUCAGAUCAUGAGGUUAAAUUGAUUAUCACCAAAACUGUAUCUGUUACAGCAGUUACUGUGUUACUGAUCCGUCAAUGCACUGUGUGUAGGCAAAAUAUAAUUUGAAACACUCCUCCUCUUCACUGUCUCAUUUAAAGGGUCAGUUUUGAAAAGGUUUAUUUUUUUAUGAUCUAAAAAAUACUUUCAUUAGUGUUUGAGUGCUGAGAUACCAGGAAGAGAGAUGAAUCAAACAUUAAGCAGUUCUAGUGCUGGUCACCGGCUGAACAUUUUUCAAGGUCUUUCAUAAAAAUGUGUUUCACAAGAAACCUUUACAUGACUUGAAAGCCCUGUUGCACUACAAAUCGAGCAAAAGUAACUGCCUCUGGUAUCUCACAACAAAAACACUACGCCCAUAUAUCCAUAAAUUGGAUAAGCUUUUUUUUUUUUUUAUAAUGUUACAGGUGAUGGUCAUUUUUACAGAGAGGAGUGUUCUGUUUACAAAUCAGUGUUCUAUAAUUGACAGUGAGGCUGAUUGUCGGAGAUAGUGGCCUGUGUUGUAGGGCCUCGGUCAGACUCUAGCUUUAUAUUCUGUAAAAGUUCACCAAGUAUCCACUCCUCCACUAAAUACCACUUUAUGUUUACAUGGCUCUGAUCCAGCCAUCUUAUUAUUGUGUGCAGCAGUAAUUAGUUUCAAAAUCAGCUGGAUGGAUCAAAGGAUUCCUAAUGACACUGUUGUGAAGAUGCACUAAAGCUGAAGUUCACAAACACACCACAAAGUGUCAGACUGGUCAGAGCAGGAGGCUUGAGUUUGGUUUGGAGAGCUGUCCAGAUGUGGGGGUGAAGUUGUGCUGAGUCAGGAGCCUUUUCCCCCAUUUGUGUCUCCUCUAUUAAACUGACCACAUCUCCAGAUUCUUUUCUCACUUGAAUUUUCACCACACUUCUUGCUCUGUCAGCUGUUUAGAGGGGGACAUGGUGAUUGAAAUGAUUAGAAAAUGUUUUUGAUUUCAGCAGAACUAAUCAGUAUCUUCAGGACAAAUGUCUACACUGGCUGGUUUGGCCGAUCCUGAAAUCAAGCAAUGAAUUAAUAAUGCCAAGCAGGUGAUUGUGUGCUGAGAUUAAUGUUUAUUUUUAAUGGUCAGAUCGUAGAUAUACAUUGUGGGCUUAUUGACCAAGCCAGAGAUAUGGUCAAUGCUGUAUCUGUAAAUGAAGUGGGGUAUUCUAUACUAUCUUAUGACGAUAAACAAGUGGACAGGAGAGGAGUAGUAUCUCAGUGUGGUAAAUGUGAAAUGCAGUGCUUUAAUAAGAUUAGUUGUACAUAUUGAAUUAAACUUCUGAUGAGAAUGUAAGAAAGAGGCGUAGAGUCUUUUUAUUCAUUGUAUAUUGUGACUUAAGCUUUCAGCCUUUCAGAAAUAAUAAAUUGAUUAGCAUUUAAUUAAUUGGUAACACUUUUGA